GGCAAACUUGGCUUAGAAGAGUUUGCAGUUGUCUAUCCGCCAAAUGGGGUAAUUCCAUUUCAUGGCUUUUCAAUGUACGUUGCCCCUUUAUGUUUCCUGUAUCCUGAGCCCGCCAGACUAUAUCAAGUGUUUCGGGAGAUGUAUGUGCGCUUCUUCUUUCGACUCCACUCCAUCUCUUCACACAUAUCUGGAAUAAUGUCUCUGUGUCUUCUGUUUGAGAGUCUUCUUCAGACACAUCUCCCACAGCUUUUCUAUCAUCUCCGAGAGAUUGGCGCACAACCUUUACGCAUCUCGUUCAAGUGGAUGGUUCGAGCGUUUUCUGGCUAUUUGGCUACUGAUCAGCUGCUGCUAUUGUGGGACAGAAUCCUUGGCUAUAAUUCCUUGGAAAUUCUUGCUGGUAGGAUUAUC